GGGUAAAGACGCGGGAAAACCUGUACCUUUGCCAAGCAUUCGACCGUUUCACGGUAUGGGUUAACAUGGAUAUACUAUAAAGGGAAAAAGCAAGGAAAUAAGAAAAGCAAUUCUUUAUGUGUGGAAAAAGUUAUAAAUCUCUUUGCCGAUUCACUAAGUUAAUGAAGAAUAUAACCAUGGAAACUCAACACGGAUUACUGUGUAAUUUCUGAAGCAGAUGGGAGACCGGAAAUUUAUUCUGAUAAGAUAUUUUGUGAAAGUGUUUAAUGUAAAGCACGGAAAGUGUGGCGAAAAUUCAAAAUCAAAUUAAAAUGGAGGUGAUAGAAAAAUGGCGGUAGAUAAUGCUUCAGCAGAAAACUUUCCUGAGUUUUCUGCUUUGUCCACUUCCUGGUCAAGUGACGUCACUCAAAUCUCGGAUCCCACGAGAUUAUAUGAAACAACUGAAAAUCCGUUCACGACAAUUAUUGGAGCAAUUUUACAAACAACCGUGUCAUCAAAUCUUAGUCCAUUAAAUAUAUCCUCGAACGUCGGUCAGUUCUCGACUACUGACGAGCUAGACACGUCUACCUCGCUUUUCUCAAACUUCGUAACUGUUAACUUUACGGAUGUUGGAAAUUGGACGAACCAAACAUUAGUAUCUGGACCCAAGCAUACACUUCCUGAAAUCGUCGCUUUAUCUAUCCUUUUAAUAACACUCGCUCCUGCGACGAUUAUCGGUAAUCUGUUAGUGAUAAUCGCGUUUAAAAUCGACAAACAACUACAAACGAUAAGUAACUACUUUCUGUUGAACCUUGCAGUGGCAGACAUGGCGAUAGGGUUCGUAUCCAUGCCUUUGUAUACUGUGUACACGUUAAUGGGUUACUGGCCACUCGGAUCUCUCUACUGUGAUCUCUGGCUUUCUAUGGACUAUACUAUGAGUAACGCUUCGGCAGCCAACCUCAUGCUCAUUAGUUUCGAUAGAUAUUUAUCGGUGACGAGGCCGCUUACGUAUCGAGCAAAGAGGACAACAAAGAAGGUGCUUAUCAUGAUAGGAAUGUCCUGGGUGGUAUCUGCGUUGCUAUGGACGCCCUGGAUAUUUGCAUGGCCAUAUAUUGAAGGUAAAAGAACUGUACCGGAGACAGAUUGUUACAUUCAAUUUCUGUACACAAAUGCUUACGUGACAAUCGGAACUCAUUUGAUUGCGUUUUAUAUUCCAGUAACUAUAAUGACAGUGUUAUAUUUUAAAAUUUACAAAGAAACGCGAAAAAGACAGAAACGUAUGCCGAUGUUGCAGGGAAUGAAAGAAAUGAUAAAAAAGAAGAAAGCGUCAAAUAUCAACGAUUACGACUUUUACGCUCGUCGUUACGAUAACGAGUUUGAUGACGUAUACGACCUGGCUGAUAUGCUGGUCGAACCUGAUAAAUCUAUCUGGUCAAGGUGCUCUUGUUGUAAGAUUGAUCGUGAUUAUGACGCAGAUGAGUCGAGCGCAAGCGACCCUGCUUCUCCAACAGCUAAUAACAGUUCAUUUUCAGAUGCACAUUCUUCGUCAGUUCGAUCUCAUGUUUACACCACAGAUCAAAAUAGGAUACCAAAUAAACAAAUGAAUGGAAGGACAUCUAGCGGGAGAAAGAAAAGUAGUAACACGAGUAAUUUGGUAAUUCCGCUUAUGGCAAUGGAGGCAGCGAGAUUCACGCCUUUGAUUUCAAAGUCAUCGCGAGAUGAUCGGUCGCCAUUUGCGCCGACCAAUCGACGGGAGGGAUUGACUCCUCAACAGAGUAGGGAUUGUGAUGAACCUCUUAUUGAAGAAUGCGAGGAUUUAUAUACAAUAGUUAUUAAUUUUCCAAAUACUAAAACCGAUUCCGAAAUUGGGCCUUCGAUACGAAUGCUUUCGGACGACGAAGACGCGGAUAUCAUGUCGCCAAACAGACAUUCAAAAAUAUCAGAAGAAGAUAGCGAUUCUUUAUCAAAUGAGGGUCUAGCUCGCGAAGAGUCUACGUUUUCAUUUCAAAGUUUAGAAAGAACUCGAGAGAAUUGUUUACCCCCACCUAAAGGAACGCCGGCCUUGGGUCGGAGAACACGAUCCAAUGAUGCGCAAAGAUCUGCGCAGAACGCUAAGUUAGCGGCACAGGUUGCAUACAAAGUGAAGCAACAAAGAGCAAGAAAAAAACGCUCAGAAAAGAAACAGGAAAAAAAGGCCGCAAAGACACUGAGUGCCAUAUUGUUGGCAUUUAUAGUGACAUGGACGCCAUACAACAUUAUGACGCUGGUAGAAAUAUUCUGUAAAGGUUGUGUUCCACAUCUUCUCUACAACUUCGCAUAUUUCCUGUGUUACAUCAACAGCACGGUAAACCCGGUGUGCUAUGCGUUGUGUAACGCGAAUUUCCGGAAAACGUUUUGGAAGAUCCUCACAUGCAGUUUCACAAAAAAGGGCCCCACCCGAAGUCGUACGACAGCUUCAGCCAUGUCAUUUAAUUUAACAAACAGAUAGAUGAUGUAAACAUGGCCCGAGGAUAAAUCAUUGUUUUGUCUUCAUAUCCUUACGGUACCAAGUAACUUCAGUGGAUAUUACUUCUAUCACCAUGGUACCGAAGCACUUCAUCGAAUACCGUGUAUAUCGUACUAUUUGUGAGAAGAUUCGUUGGAUACUAUUUAUA